AUGACUAUAGCCACCACCUUCUCAGGUAUUAUUACAAUCUAUUUCAACUUAUUUUUGCUUGAAAUGUGUCAAAUGUUGUACUGAUACUUAGAGUCUUUACCUCCGCUACCCCCCCCCCCCAAAAAAAAAACCUAUUUGCCUCAUUGGGUUUUGGGGAGAGGCAGGGGUGAGUAUCAGUUUGGCUGUUGCAAAGUUUAAAAGUUCAUAAUGACAUCUACAUCCAUGAUAUGUAUCACUCAUCUGCAUAUUUAUCAUACAUACAUCUAAGAAAGCCAGAAUUAAUAUAAUCACAAAGAAACAGGCCAAUGUUUGUUUUUUGAGAGGUGUGGUUCUUUAGGAAAGAUAUUCAUCAAACAGGAACUCAGGAAGUUAAGAUCCUUGUAUUUUUAGAAGAUAUUUUAUUUAACAAAUAUAAAACAUUUUCCUUGUUGAUAUAACUAUAUAUCAAUAUGGAAAAAAUGUUUUAUAUUUUUUUUAUAAUAUAGCAAUGUCAAAAGCCCGAAGGAUAAGAAAAAUUUCCGUGUUUACAAGCGGCAGAAAAUUUCCCGUGUUGACAUUGAGUUAUAUCAACACGGCUCUUAGCCAAUCAGCGUUCAGAAUUUACAAAUGCUAUAUUAUAAAUAAAUAUGUAAUAUGGGCAGGUAUAAAACUAGUACAUAACUUAGUAUAAUGUUUACAGUCAAUUGCCAAAAUGUUUGCAACUUUGUUCAAAAGUUCAUGUUGAAAUUCACAAGUUGAUGUGUAUAUAUAUACAAAGCCUCUGAUUGUCCAGGAAUUAAAAGAAAUUGAAUGCUCAGUUUAUAAACUGGUUUGUGCAUAUUGUUAUGAACUUCGCAAAAAAAUUUACAAACUUCAGAACAAAAUUAGGUUAUUGCAGAAAACACCUUUCCUCUAGACAUUUAGAUACUCAGUACAUUAUAUUAUUGAAAGUUGAUUUCCUCAACUGAUUUUUCUGGAAUGACAUAUUUCUAGUUCUGAAACAUCAUCAACUUGAACCGACUUGACCACGUAGCUCAGUUGGCAGAGCAUUGGACUAGUAUCCAAAAGGUCACGGGUUCGAUUCCCACCGUGGCCAAGCAAACGUUUCAGCUUGCCUGAUGUGGAUGUAUACUCAGAGUAACAUCACAAACAUCAUAUUCACCUGAGUACAUGACACCAAGACAUAUUUCUAGUUAUAAUGUUGUUUCCAUGUAUCUGAUAUGUGGCUUAAUGUGUAAUAUUCUAGCUUCUACAUCUGAAUCAACAACAACACCAACUCCAAGAAGAACGUCUUCAAGUAUGUUAAUGUGUGUAUUGUUAUCUCAUUCAGUGGCAGUACUCUCCCUUUGACAAGGAAAAUCAUCUGUAGUUAGAGAGUAUAAAGUGAUAAAUUAAAGUGUAUCAGGGCACAUUGCCACUUAAAAAGUUAAUGGGAUGCAUGGGUAGAUAGUUUAGUUAAGUAAACCUAAGGCGUAAAAAUAAAUACCUGUGGUUCCGGUUUCAUAUCGUGAAAAAAUUAGGGUCGGUAGGUCAGAAAUAAUUUUUUUUAAAUUUUUUUUUCAUGGUUUUGGCAUUUUCUUUGCUGGGCGAUUUGCAGUAGAGUCCCGACAUCAAUAUUAACUAGAGAUGCGUAUUUCCUAUCGACAAAUUUAGGCAAUUUGGCUCAAUAAUUAGUGUAAGUUGACACCAGACGCCAUUUUGGCACGCUGUAUGAGCAACCCGCAACCACCUGGAGAAAAUAGUCAAUCGCUUUGAAAAAAUAAUAGGGUCGUCAGAAAAAAAUAGGGUCGGGAACCGGAACCACAGGUUGUUUUUUUUAUGCCUAAUGGCAGCACUCUCCUGUUGUUCAGUGAAAUUAUCUGGUGUUAUACAAAGUAGAGCACAUUGACACUUAAAACAGUUAACAUUUAUGUUGCAAACAGGUUAACAGCCAAUAGUAUUAAUAAAUUAACCCAUUGAGCUACAGUGUGCCCUACUGGGUUUUUUUACUUGUCUAACACCAGCCGAUUUUACUUGUCAAUGGGGAAGCUUUGCAGCUUAAAUAUGAGUUAAAACAAUCAUAUUAGAUUAUUCCAGAAAAAAUGGCCACACCUUCCACACAGAAGAAAUGAGAGGUUAAUCCUAUUCCCACGUUACAUUUUAUUGUUAUUGAAAGUAGAUUUCCUACUCCUGAGUUUUCUGGCUGGAAUGGCCUAUUUCUGGUUAUUAUCUUGUUUCAUGCAUCUGACAUGUGUCUUAAUUAAUGUGUGAUAUUGUAGCUUCUAAGGUGCCUGAAUCAACAACGUCAAGAACAACACCUUCAAAGGGUAUGUGUAUAUGUUCAAAUACUGUUUGUUGAGUGUAUUGAUGGGGUAUAUUGUAAUUCAUGAUUGCUCAAUUUCGGUUACUGUCAGUCGUGAAAACACUACAAAUUUUACCGUGAAGCAUGAGGGAAAGAAUUCCUUUUAUCAUUUCAGAACACUAGUUCAAAGAUUUACCAUGACGAGUAAAAUAUCGUCUGGCGUUAGACAAGUAAAAAAAAUAAGUAGGGCACGUUGCGGCUCAUAGGGUUUACUAGAGACAUUGUCAGAUGUUUUGGUUAACCCAUUAAGCUGCAGAGCUUCCCCAUCGACGACUAAAAUAUCUGGCGUUAGACAAGUAAAAAAAAAAGUAGGGCGCACUGGGGCGCAUUGCGGCUCAAUGGGUUAAAGUACCAAAAUUUUUACCAUUAAACUACCAAAAUUUUGUACCGGUAUCGUUUACUGAUUUUCCGACCCCCCUCCCCCAAUCCAGACCCUCUUUGAUAGCACAUAUCAAGGGAAAAAAGCUAAGUUUGACUUAGUAUAGUCCCAUGCCCUCCCUCUCUAUUUUACUAUUUAAUAUUACUGCCUGGGUUAGGUAUGGCUACUAUGCUUUCAUGUUAGGUGGUGCAGUAAAAUUGUCUGGGAUUAGACAGAUUUAAAUAGUAGAGUAGGGCACAUUAAGGUACAAUGUAACUUUUUGGGUUAACCAAUACUCCUUCUAUAGUCAGUCACAGCACUCACCAUCAGGGUCUGAAAUUUGCAGUAUCCCGAUAUCCACAGGAUACUAAAAUUUCGUUUUGGAUACCAAACUGUGAAUGACUUAUAUCCCAACUGGAUACUAAGAAAAUUUCAAACAUUAGGAAAAUUUUAAGCACCUCUGACAGUUUCCUGAUAGCUUUUGAAUACUGUGAGUUUGCCACCCAAGCCUUAAUUUCCUCAUAUAUUAUGUGCUGUUUUAUUGUAAUUUGUAACAGCGAGAGUUAUUGGAUGCCGGGCAGGGUAAUAAUACUUAUGGUAACCAGUAUCCAGAAGUGGGAUACUGCAUUCUCAGGGGGGAUACUAAACUUUGAAUCCUGGUAUCUCAGUUGGAUACUGAAAAGAUAUUUAAAUUCCAGACCAUGAUGAUGAUGAUGAGAAUCCUCUUGUUGUCGCCCUGGCUGUUUUUGCAGCCAUUGCUGGCAUAGUUGCCAUUUUGUUUUUAUGUUUAUUUUUGAGGUAUGUUAUGGCAAUAUAUGUAUUAAUUUUGUUUUAUUCUGGUAUCAUGUACUUUCAAAUUUUCGUAUAUAUUUUCCUGCAUUGUGAAGGCCCUUGAAGAAAAAAGUAAAAGUCUAUUAAAAUACUGAUUUCAGUAUGCUUGACAAUUUCAUUCAUUGGGAGAGAGCUUUAUGUUAGAACAAAAUUCGGUAGAUUCUAUGAGUAGAUGUCUGCUGGACAAUCCCCCCCCCACCUCAUUUUUUUAUUGGAUCUGAAAAUACACUUGUUUUUUUUUUUGACAGGACAUCAACUUCAUGUUAUAAUCGCUUACAUCGUUCUCGUAGUAUUGAGUCUCCAGAUGCUUUUGAAAUUGCCAACGUCCGAACUACGUCAUCCGUACCUUUCAGGACUAGACUGGCGAGUUUGUCCAGUAUAAGGAGGCAAGGUGAGGUGAUGGCUCAUUGUGUAGAUCUAGCCUGUGUAGCAUAGCACUUGGUUUUGUGUGGAGAAGGAAGGACCCACCUUAAUUCUCCUGCCUACAAGCCCCUUCCCCCAAAAAAUCCAGCUGCUGGGCAGGCUAGUGCAGAUCCAAUUACUGGGGAAUGGAAGUGUACAACCCCUCAUGAAGCUGAAUUUCGUUUCUCAAAUUUCAAACCUGCUUGAUGUUUCCUGCUGGGAAAGUGAAAUUUCUGAGUGUUCUCCAACAUUGCUGAUGUGUUUCACUUGCAAGCUGUGCAGCCAUGCUGAUAAGUGCCAUAUUCUUGUUUCUUACUUUCUUAUUCCAAGCAAAAACAAUGGGUCCCCUGGAGUAGAAAUACAAAUUAUUAUAACUUUCCCUAAACUGUGGCUGAUACGUGUCUUUUCAUCUUUUUAGUAAUCUGUAAAAGCGAACCUUUUUCCAUCAUGGAAUUUCGUGAUCACGUCAGACAUUUACAUGCUGAUUCUGACUAUCUUUUCUCGUUGGAAUAUGAGGUAUGAAGUAAAAGCCAGCUUGGAUCAAACAUGCAAGUUCUAAUCAGUUCUAAAUUUUUCUCUCUAGAGAUCCAGCAAGGGUCAUCUCUUACUCAUCCAGUGUUAUGCUCUGGUCAAACGAGAGUGCGAGUUGAUGAGAGUUGAGAAGCGAGAGUUUGCAUGAAAGUUUUCUCAACUCUCGUCUAGGACAAACAAGAGCAAGAGUUGCAUGAGAGUUGACUGGAUAUUACUCUACCUCUUUCAUCAAAAUAUGAAUUAGCUUGAAGUUGAUAAGAGUUGAGAAGAAUGCAUGAGAGUUGAUGACAGUUUGCUGUCAAGUUGCGCAAGUGAGAGUUGAGCAACUGUCGUCAAUUCUCAUCCUCGUUUGACCAGGGCUUUACGACACGAGAAAACCAGAGCACUCAGAAAAUAGUUGUGAGGUUUGGUAACUGUCAAAUUGGAAGCUUGCACUCUUCUUGUAUUUGACUGAGAUGAUAACAGCAUAUUGAACCGCAGUUAUACGAAGGUGCUUUACAUGUGCAGAAACCACUUUCUCUUGAUUUUUUAAGAAUUCCGUGAAACAUUUUUGCACCUCUCAUACUGUAGUUUAGUUGUGAUCAAACAAGAGGAAUGUUUUUGAUUUCAUUCUCUCACACAGGCAGUUGGUGGAAAGAAGCACUUGAAUGAUGUUGAUAAGAAACAAGACCUGACAACACAUGAGGGCAAGAAAGUGAAUAACAAAGCUAAGAAUCGUUAUGCUGAUAUUUUACCAUGUAAGAAACACUGCUAGUUCCACACUAUUUCAUGCCUGUAGAUGAAUCUAUACUGGCAUAGCCUUCAGGCUUAGGUACCUAGCUUCACUGGUAGACUUGUUAGCCAGAAACUCCAGGCUUUUGGAGUUAUUACGCAGUAAAUCCAGGCUUAGAUAGCUAACUCCAAAUGAUUUUUCUAGUUUGCUUGUCACUCCUGAAUUCUAAGAUUUUAAGUUUGGAAUUUAGAGUUAGCCCCUUAUACUAAGGUGGUAACUAAGGGGUGGACCAAGGUGUUUUCCUUUGCGGUAAUUUUUUCUGCCCCCCUCCCCACCGCACGUUUCUAAUGCCCCCUAACUUUCAGCCAUGCAACCUUUUUUAGUCUUUCGUAAGUAUUAAAUGUGUUUUUUUUUUGAAAAUUUUCAGACGAUCACAGUCGAGUUGUUCUUACUGAGAUCGAUGAGCAACCAGAUUCAGAAUAUAUAAAUGCCAAUUAUGUCGAUGUAAGUUAUAAGGGUUUUAAUUCACAUUUCGUAGUAAUUGUUUGACAUUGUUCUGUAUGUUUUCUCCAUGCCACCUAGCAUGCGAGUGAAUGCAAUAUUUGAGACAAAAAGCCAUAUUUAAGCCCGAUUUCACUGUGUACAGUAUGUACAAUCGAAAAUUUAUAUGUCUUUAUUUCUCAUUGCUUGCAUAGUAAGCCAUUUCUAUUUGCUCUCUAAUUGUGCUUGUGUCAAUUUAUUUCUCGUAAAUAAGUAGAAGGAAGGAAAUUUAUUUGUUUUACUCCAUUUUUCCCCUAGAGCUACCGCAAACCAAGAGCGUAUAUUGCUGCACAAGGUCAGUUUAUUUACCUGCAGUCUGUACACAGGCUUAUAUUAUUUACCCUUGCUCCAAAAAACCCCUAAAUCUAUAGGAUUAUAUGGAGUUUUAGAAAGAAAAUUAAAUCCAUUUUCUUCAUUUGUUUCAUGUGUUAGGUCCACUGCCUGUAGGUCUGGUGAAUUUUUGGCGAAUGGUAUGGGAGAACGAUUCACGUGUGAUUGUCAUGGUUACCAAUUUAUUUGAAAGAAUGAAA